AAGUGCACGCAUUGACAACACACCUCAAGACACACCUCAAGACAUCACUAUAAACACGCAUCCGCGGGAUUCGUCGGCAUUCGUGAAGAACCCGAUGUCUGCCAUCAAGAGUAUGUGGAACCGAUUGCGCGGCAAAACAGAUAGUCAUGAGUCGUCAUCAGUGGUGACGAGUAGUAGUGAUAAUGCAAUGAAUCCAAUGAAUCCAAUGCCAUCCCAAAGCCAUACCACCACUCAAACCAAUGUUUAUAACAACAAUCGUGUGAUGAAUACAACGGAACUCUCUUUUCCGGCGCUCUAUUCGAUGAACACAUCAACAGAUCAUUCUUCUGGAGUCCCCUUUCAAGCGGUCGGAACUGAUGUGAAGCGAAAGCAACGCCUCUCCGGCUCUUACAAGUUGGACGAGAAGAAGAAAUACAAGCAGUUAUUGAACUCUCAUUUGGGAACAGGUUUUAGAUUUCAUUUCAAGAGGAAUACCACUAAAAAGAGUGCAGAUAUUGUGGACUUGACGUCAUCGCAGUCUUCACACAGUUUAAGGUCUGAGGAGUUGUCGGCCACUUAUCCGACGCCGAAGUAUAGCCGAGAACUGUUGGACACCAAAGAGAGGACACAUUUAGUCGAAAGGAUUAAAAGUGAGGGAAUCACUGCCGACCCCACCAUCCGAUUGAAUACUAUAAGCACUUCCACACCAUUCGGUGCGAAAGACCUUUCGUUCUCGUAUUCCACUCGCAAACCAUCGCUUAUUAAUGGAAAUGAAACACAAUUCAGUCAUUUGUCACAAUCAUCUCCAACAACACAUCCAAUACCCGAAAGUUCUAAAAGAUUCGGUCAAAUGUUAGAAAACAAUCGAAAC